AAUUUCUCGUCCUUUUGCUUUUCCCGUCGUCACUCUCCUUUCUCUCUCUCGCUCCAUCAGACUUUCCCUUCAUCCAAACAGCCAAUAACAGAAACACACACACACACAAUCUCUCUAUUAUCUUUUUACGUUGGCAUAAAUUCUACUAACAAAAAAAUCUCCGAAAAAUCCUCUUGUACCGUCACCGACACCCCUCCUGAAUUUCACAGGCCUAUCAAAUCGAUCCACGUCAGCACUAACAAAUGAGAUUCUCCGCCGCCGCCGGCACUGCCACCAUAACUGCUUCCACCAAAGGCGGAAAUCCCCUUAUAAGCUUCGAACACAAGAGGGAUGCUUAUGGAUUUGUGGUGAGACCUCAGCAUGUGCAAAGGUACAGAGAAUAUGCUAAUAUCUACAAGGAAGAAGAGGAGGAAAGAUCAGAUAGGUGGAAUGAUUUCUUGGAACGUCAAGCAGAGUCCGCUCAAUUGUCAAUCAAUAGUAUAUCUUCAGAAGAAGGCAAGGAGGCCUCACAUGCUGCUGAGGAUGGGAACAAUGUAGUAAAGAAGAGCGCUGAAGGAGAUGAUUUGUGUGAAAGAAAGUCUGGUUCUGACAGCCUCUCUGAGAAUGAUACAAAAAAAGAGAAGGUGCAAUCUGCACCAGAGAAAAGAGUUCACCAAAUCCAAAUAUGGACUGAAAUUCGAUCGACACUUCGGGCCAUUGAGGAUAUGAUGAGUAUUCGUGUAAAGCAAAAAGGAAUUCUAUCAAAAGAUGAGCUAAAAAUCAGUCGAGGAAAGCCAUUAACUCCUACUGAUGAUGCUAGAUCCACAAAGGGAGCAUCAAAAGAGGAUUCUGAUGAUGAAUUUUAUGAUGCAGAGAGAUCUGACCCAGUUCAGGAUUUCCCUACAAGUGGCAUUGGAAAUACCAGAACUGCUGCUGCUGGUGGUGGUGGUGCUGAUGCAGCUCCUACAGAAUCUUUGUUUCCUUGGAAGGAAGAGUUGGAAGUUCUUGUUCGUGGUGGAGUGCCAAUGGCUCUUAGGGGAGAGCUUUGGCAAGCCUUUGUUGGUGUGAGGGCACGCAGAGUGGAGAGCUAUUACCAGGAUCUACUUGCUAAUAAAACUAACUGUGGCAACAACACUGAACAACAGAGUUUGCAAUCAGACUGUAAGGGUUCAACAACAGAGCCCGUAUGUGGUCCUGAGAAGUGGAAGGGACAGAUUGAGAAGGAUUUGCCACGAACAUUCCCAGGCCACCCUGCUCUGGACAAUGACGGUAGAAAUGCUUUGAGACGAUUGCUUACAGCUUAUACCCGACAUAACCCCUCUGUUGGUUACUGUCAGGCCAUGAAUUUCUUUGCUGCCUUAUUACUCCUCUUGAUGCCUGAAGAAAAUGCCUUCUGGACUUUGGUGGGCAUUAUCGAUGACUAUUUUGAUGGCUAUUACUCAGAGGAAAUGAUUGAAUCUCAAGUUGACCAACUUGUAUUUGAGGAGUUGAUGCGCGAAAGAUUUCCGAAACUUGUCAAUCAUCUAGAUUAUCUGGGAGUGCAGGUGGCAUGGGCUACUGGACCUUGGUUCCUUUCCAUUUUCAUGAACAUUCUUCCAUGGGAAAGUGUGCUUCGAGUCUGGGAUGUGCUCCUUUAUGAAGGAAAUCGCGUCAUGCUUUUUAGGACAGCACUUGCUUUAAUGGAGUUAUAUGGCCCUGCACUAGUUACAACCAAGGAUGCAGGAGAUGCUGUUACUUUGCUACAGUCAUUGGCUGGGUCAACAUUUGACAGCAGUCAACUUGUAUUGACAGCUUGUAUGGGUUACCAAAAUGAAAAUGAGAAGAGAUUACACGAAUUAAGAGAGAAGCAUCGGCCAGCUGUAAUAGCUGCAGUCGAGGAAAGAUCAAAGGGGCUUCAAGCUUGGAGGGAUUCUCAGGGCCUAGCAUCUAAGCUAUAUAAUUUUAAGCAGGAUCCCAAGUCCAUCCUAGUGGAAGCAAAUAAGACAGGACAACUGGUUGAUUCACAAACAAAUGGAAAUCUCUCUCGUUCGGAUUCUGGAUCCACAAAUGCUGGUGAAGUUCUUAUUAGUUUGACAGGAGAGGCUGACACAGAUGCUGUUCCUGAUCUUCAAGAGCAGGUUGUCUGGUUAAAAGUUGAGUUGUGCAGGUUGCUGGAAGAGAAAAGAUCAGCUGUCCUCAGAUCGGAGGAGUUGGAGACAGCCUUGAUGGAGAUGGUAGAGCAGGAUAAUCGGCGCCAAUUAAGUGCUAGGGUGGAGCAAUUAGAGCAACACGUUGCUGAGCUUCGUAAGGUACUUUCUGAGAAGCAGGAACAAGAAAAUGCAAUGCUUCAGGUCCUAAUGCGGGUAGAGCAGGAUCAAAGGGUGACGGAAGAUGCUCGCAGAUUUGCCGAGCAAGAUGCUGCCGCACAAAGAUAUGCUGCUCAAGUGCUCCAGGAAAAGCAUGAAGAUGCCGUUGCUUCGCUUACUGAAAUGGAGAAAAGAGUGGUAAUGGCAGAAUCGAUGUUGGAGGCUACCUUACAGUACCAUUCUGGACAAAGUAAAGUAGAACCUUCUCCACGAUCACUGAAUCCCGAUUCUCCUGCACGCAGCAAUCAAGAGCCCCAACAAGAAAUCCCCGCACGAAGGAUUAGUUUACUUUCACCAUUUGGACUUGGCUGGCGUGACAGAAACAAGGGAAAGCCCGGUAAUGGUGAUGACUUAAACGAUGGGAAGCCGUCUAGCGAUGGCCAGAACACCGAAAUCCAGCAGAAUGAAAAGGAAACAAACGGCAAGGAGACGAGGAAAUGAACGGCACCGAAGGUCAAGGGCUAACUUGAUAAAAGCUAUAUCGGAUGUUAUCAGGCAUGACCGAUGAUUAUCGGGCGUGAUGGUGACUGGUGAGAUACAUUAUACUUUAUGGAGAAUUUAUUUUCGAAUUUUGAAAAUGUGAUUGCCGAUAGGGGUAGUCACGUACCCCUAAACAUAGACCAUAUAAUUAAUUUAGAAGAUAUCACAAAGAAAAGGAUAUCACCAGGAUUGAAAGCUCAAAAAAAGCCCUCAACAUUCGAUAGUUUUUACAAUUGCUCACUUAAAGUUUUUUGGGUAAUUUAUAUUGUAGUAUUUAAUUUAUCAAGUGUUCCUUUCAUCCC